AUGGGUGGUUGCUCUGCUAUAAAUUGCCGUCAUCACUCAUCAAAAGGACAUUGCAUGUAUGUAUUUCCUGCAGACCAGAAGCGGCGAAAACUAUGGCUCAUUUAUUACAGGAGAGCAUAUUGGGUUCCUGAGAAAGGUGCUGCUUCAUGUGAGGCACAUUUUGAAGAAAGUGAGUUAGAGCUACAUGGAGCAGAUGGUCGAGUAAAACUUAAACCAAAUGCAGUACCAACUCUGUUUAAUGUCCCACGACCUCCUAAAAAACACAAUCCAUCAUCAAUAAAAUCGUUAUAUAAGCGCCUUCCGGAGAAGGAAAAAAUGAAGCGUGUUUCUUCAGAAACUAUUCCCGAUAAAAAUCUUCAACAUGCAGAUGUAGCCAAUCAGUCUUAUGAAAACCAAUUUAAUCCUGCAGAAGCGAAAUGGAAAACAUCCAUAAACUGA